AUUUACAUACAAAAAGAAAAAAAGUUGAGCCUCUAAAUCAAAAUACCGCGCAAUGCGAUAAAAGCGCAUGUUUUAUUCACACGAUGUGUCAAGCGUAUAUAUAUGUAUAUAAAAUCUGCGUUACUCAAAAGUUAAAUAUUGAUUCAAAAAAAAAGAUUGCAAUGUUAAAUUUUAAACGUAGUACGAAAGGGGAAACUAAUGCUUGUCAAUUUCUUUGCCGUCCCACGAGUGCCUGUCCUUGCCACUCUCCGAAUUGCCAUUUUCAUUCAUAAAUCAUUCUCCUUUUUCGCGGCCGAAGGCACAUUUGCAUCAGCUGACCGGUACGUAUUUUUUACCGAGUAAAAUCGGCUCCCACAAAAUGUCGCAAUCACGCUUAAGCUCCUUAUCUGUUUAUUUUACACGCAAGAAAUUAAUAAUGUUUCUUUGGCUCUCUGUGUUACAUAAUAUCGCAGACCACGUGUCUACGUCAAAUAACAACAUGAAAUAACGAAAUAAAAAUUCUUGCGUUGUUGAAUCUCUUCACGUGUUAGUAUGAUAUUAAAUCUAAUAUUUAUACCUUCUCUUACGGCGGCAAGGGCAGAGCAGCAUUAAAUAGGAAGGCGAAAGUCCGUAUGAUUGACGCGCGCAUGAUGUUCCCGGCAAUCUGAAACAUCCGACUGCUCCAGCCACCCUCUUGAGACUGACGCAGUAAUCGCUCUCGUAGCUCCCUCAAUUCCGUUCUGGCGAAUGCGAGAAUAGUAAAAAUAUGCGAUUGUACAACUUUGUUAAUUAGAAAUAUGUUUUCUCAAAAAUAGAUCUCACAUCUGCGAGUUGCAUUCCGAUUCGAUGCGACGAAGUUCAGUUUCCCGAUCGACCAGUUGACUCUCCAGGGAAACGACACGUAAACUCAGAGUCUUCGCGUUACCCUCGCUGACUCUCAAGCGUUUCUCCAAUCUCUGCUUCUCCGCGUCCGUAACUUGUAAUUCCCUAAUUAUACAAAGUGCUUUGUAUAAAUGCUUAUGCUUGUUCUAUUAACGACGAGUUUCUGGUGCACAGGUGUUUGCGGAUUACAUCCUAGAAUCUCUAUCGUACCUGGAAAUACGCUGCAACUGCUCCUGUGUAGAUUCGGCAUGAACCACCUGCGCCGCUAAUCGCAACUGCAACUCCUCGACCAUAGAUUCCGCUUUUUCGGCUCUGAGGCGACGAUCCGUGACCAAUGCUUCGCUGGCGGAUACCUAAGUAAAGAAUCACGCUGGACCCUAUAUAUUCAUCCACAUAAUCAUUCAUUUAUAUAUUUGUAUGAUACAUCAAUGAACGAUUCACAUGCGUGUAAUACGGAUAAGCAUUGCAACUUUUCGCUAUAUAAUGAAUAAAAGUUAAUAGGGCAAGUAGUAUUGAUCCUUCUUCCUGGUACGGAAGGAGUAUUACGUGAUAUUGAGUCACCAGCGAAACGCGAAAGGUGUGAUUCACUCGUCAGCUAUAUUUUUCUUCCCGUUCAUUGACCUGACGCUGUCUCGCAGGUGAAGUCUACGAUCUUUCAAAGAUGACGGAUGUUACCGGAGGUUGUAUCUAGUGACAAGUGUCCUAGUCUAAAUUCAGCAACGACAUGAUAUAUCGAUUUUAUGCAAAACGCGUGCUUGACAACAAUCUUGCUUAUUCAUUGCAAUAAAGCUUAUUACGUUAGAAAGGAUUUAUAGCGAGUCAUUGUUAUCCGCUGGAUAUAAAUCCGAUGACAUUUCGCUGUCGUUCCCUACAUUUGCGCAGCGAGCCAAUAUUACUUUACAUCACAAUCGUUGAAGAUGUCCAACUUCUGAGAAAGAGUGGAAAGGGUGAAAGAGAAGGAAGAAAUGAGUCACACUAGUUCGUGGAACGAGAAGGGAUGUCGCACGGGAGAGUUCACCCCCGAGAAGGAGGAGGAAAAAGAGGUCGCGAUCUCGCGUCUCCGACCAGCAUAACACGUGCCCGGGUCUCACUUGAGAUCGCCGACGUCGGGAUUGACGGUGGAGAGGUCCAUCAUCGACAGACUCUUCUUGCAGCGAGGUGUGCCUAUGCCCAGGAAGCGGCCGUUUGGUGAACAUCGGUCGGAACAACUGUUGGGGAUCGGCGUUGAGGGAACGCCAGUUUUCUGGCUAGUCACCGACAGACCGACCGCCAGUUUGUAAGGCCUUCGGGACACGCGAUGAUCGGCCACGCAUCGGUACGGACUCGGUCGCGGAUGGCAUCUUACGAACGCCGGAGCGCACGGUAGUCUACGUUGAACGCAUCGGGGCAGUCUGGUCUCCACCCGAGUGACGGCUCCGGCACGGAUUUUAGACUGGACAGCAGUUUCUGGCAUAUCGUCGUUUGCAGCUUACGCAAUAAAAUUCGAAUCCUCGAAUGCGAUCGAGAUUGUUUGCGUCUCUCGUCAUGGGGACGGGGGAUCUGAACGCAACCCCUGAACAAACGACGAUACUCUUCGAUAUCGGAUGGACAAAGUUCAAUGUAUUAAGCAUUUAUAGUCAUGGAACAAUACAAUGGUAUGAAUGACGAAAAUAUUAAUAUAAGCGAUAUCAUCGAAGUCAUUCAAACUACGGAUCCUGGUUCCAUGGCUACUAUAGCGAUGGAUGGUGAUCAUGUUCAGCCAUACGUUGAAAUUCUAGAACAGCCAGCCAGUAAAGCACUGCGAUUUCGCUAUGAGUGCGAAGGCAGGUCGGCUGGCAGCAUACCUGGGAUCAACAGUACACCAGAGAAUAAGACCUUCCCUAGUAUAAGAAUUGUAGGAUACAAUGGUCGUGCUAUGGUGGUUGUAUCUUGUGUAACAAAAGAUGCACCGGAUAACAAAGGAUACAGACCUCACCCUCACAAUCUUGUUGGCAAGGAAGUAUGCAAGAAAGGCGUUUGUACAGUAGAAGUUCCAGCAGGAAACAUGGUUGUUACUUUCUCAAACUUGGGCAUUCAAUGUGUAAAAAAAAAGGACAUUGAAGAGGCUCUCAGAGUACGUCAAGAGUUGCGGGUAGAUCCCUUUCGAACUGGUUUCGAGCAUAAGAGACACCCGACGAGCAUAGAUCUCAAUGCAGUCAGAUUAUGUUUUCAAGUAUUCUUGGAAGGAUCGCAAAAGGGAAAAUUUAACAAACCAUUACCACCUGUCGUGUCCGAUCCUAUUUAUGAUAAGAAGGCGAUGUCAGAUCUUGUGAUUUGUAAGCUGAGUCAUUGCAGCGCAUCGGUCGCUGGUGGAAUGGAUAUGAUUUUAUUAUGUGAGAAAGUCGCAAAAGAAGACAUACAAGUGAGGUUUUUCGAAGAAAGAGACGGACAGCUUCUCUGGGAAGGAUAUGGCGAUUUCCAACCAACACAUGUACAUAAACAAACGGCAAUUGCGUUCAGAACACCCAGCUAUCGUACGCAGCAAGUGGAACAGCCGGUUCAAGUGUACAUCCAGCUUAGGAGGCCAUCAGACGGUGCUACAAGCGAACCGCUACCAUUUCAGAUGUUACCACUAGGUACAGGUAGGCCUGCUUUCUGGUCAUUACGGAAAGCAUUUGCCAGGAAGAAGGCAGAUUACAAUACCUUCAGUAAGAUCUUAUCAACCGAGACUGCUCUUCUUUCCAACGUAACUCCUAAAUUUCCUCGUAAUAUCGACGAGUUCAAUAAUAACGAUCUUAACGCGAAAAGAUCUCACGAUAAAAUCUCGGCAUUGCGCGCUUUAAACGAGCUGUACAAUGUGAAAAAUCACAUUGACUCAUGCAAUGGAGAUUUGAAGGCGAUAAUAAAUUCUGCUCAAAACGAUCAAGUCACGAAAAGUACCGUCCUAGAUUACGAGAACAACGAGGUGACAAUAAACCCUGAAAGUAACGCGGAGAGUAAAAAAGAAAUUAACAAAUUGUAUACUCUUGACGAUAAUAACGUGAAAAAUGAUACAUUUACCGUGAAUUAUAAGGAGGGAAUUGUCGAAACAGUUCCCUGUGUUAAACCGGACGUACAGGAUAACGGCACAACCGCGUCGCGAAAUAUAGACAACUCGAGAAAUAGAUCCGAUUGGUUCGAUUACUCUGAAAUAGGCAAGUGGGUGCAGAAGGGACAAGCAAGUCUUAAGGAGAAAGAUAACGAGACGGAAAUUAAAAACACGACUGAGGGCGGCAAAUCAUUGAACGAGUUCUUCUCGCAAGUGGCCGAGCUCGAUCAAAUUUACGCCGACACUCACAACAAAUUGGUACAAGCCUCUACGGAGACAAAUGCAAAUCAAAUGAUGGACGUUGAUGUCUGCGACAAUCAGACUUACACUAGUCUACAAAUGGCUAUGAAGAAUCCAAUCGAGUUGUUUGACAUCACCGACGACAGAAAGUACGAGGACGUGGCUGUUCCAACACCAAACGAGAUACCUGUGACGUCUCCAACGUUGACAGCUAAGAGAGAUGUAACGAAUGAGGAAAGAUUGCCACCCUUGCCCCCGAAACGAAUACGAAAGAUGCCGUCGAUGCCUUUUCUACCGCGUCCGAUAUCCGCUCAGACAUUCAACGACUCUACUUCCGAGGCACCCAAUAAAAACUUGCCGUCCUUACCCGAUUCUUUACCGAAACACGCGAAGCAGGGACUCUUCUCGAAAUUGUUUGCUAAGAAGCUUAAAAAAGAUAAAUGCUCGGUACCGAAUUUCAGCGGAGAUAGCGACUCUUUGAAUAGCUUGUAUUUAUUGAAAAGCACCGUGCAAGACGAUGUACAAUCGCAGCUUCCACGUCCUAGUAUGACGAGUGUUACGAGUGUUAAAUCUCUCAAAUUGGACGGCGAUGAAACACCACCGUAUGGUAUAGAUUUAACUGAAGCCGAGCACUAUGCUCUGUACACUACUAUGGCACCGCACGCGACUGCCUCAGAAUUUGAUGAGAUGUCUUUCUAUUAUAGUCUGGUUGAAGGUGGAAAGAUAUUGCUGGAGGGGAAAGAGACCUAAACUACUUGUUUAAUGAUAUCUUUGUUGUACUGCCGAGCGCGUUGAUAAAUAACUAUAUAUUUGUAUGAAGAUAUUGUAUUUGAAUCUGACGAGUUUGUCUACCGAAGUGUGUGGAGUGCACACAUUGCAGCCAAUUCUUUAUUAUACCGUCGGUUCUUGUUGUAACAAAUUUACAGAGUUUUGAUAGGACUGACGUUUGUAUUGUUAAGUCAAAGAUUUUUCUCUUCGUGGAAUAGAAAUCUCAACAACUAUUUCUCAAAACAUGUUUACCAUGUUAAAACGAAUCGAUUUUUUGCUGUAAUAUCAACGCAUUUAUCCAAGUAUGCAGAAUUCUAGUCGAAGCGUGAUUUGUUACCUUUUGCUUAAUAUUUUUUUUCGAUGGUUUUUACAAGUGAUUUAUAAACUUUGUAUAAUUGUUAUUUAUUAUCAAGUAAUUAAUCAAUGUCCUUUCUAGUCAAGUUUGAUGCUGUUGUGUUUUCGUAUUCUCUAUAAUGCUUUACUAUUUUUUUUUGUUAAGUUUUACAUGAUAUUACAAGUUUAUACAAUUACCUUUUUCUUUUCACGUUGUUGUAGAUUGCUGAUUUUAGAAAAAUGACAAUUUUGACAAAAAUUUUGUCUACCUUUAGGUCAGUUUAUCGAUUUUCCUUUUAGAAUGACUUUAUCGAAUAUGUAAGCUAAGGAAGUUCUUUACGGGGCCUUCUUCAAUUGUACGCAAUUGUCAAUAUGAUGAAUCUUUAAUGUACAAUCAUUUGUGUAGAUGAUGCCGAUACCUUAAGGCGAAAGAGACAAAAACUUAAUAACAACUC